AUGUACACUUCUUUUUUCAUCACCAGUCUUCUCCUAUUGGCUCCGGUUGUUUGGACUGCUGCAAAGCAAGACAAGUCAGACCUGGAGCUGAUCACCGAAGACUUCCAAAUCCUCGCUCGCAUCACCAAUGCCGCAUUCCUCCAAGCCGCACUCGUUCGAAAAGAUGUGAAGGCUCGUGACGUCAUUGACGAAUUUCUGAAGAUAUCUCCUCUGGAUUUCGAUCACAUCACCGCAAUCGAUGUCCAAGCAGCUGUCGAAUCCAUCACCAAGACAUACCGAAAUGCUCAACAGUUCGCGAAACUCGAGGAGUCUGAUAAAUAUCAACUUGAUGAUGUUGCCUCUAAUUUUGACUCUAAAUUGGAAGAAUGGGAUGAUGAAGAAUGGAAUCCGAUCAUGAAGAUCAGUUUGGAAAGCUUGUUCGAUGAGAGCGAAAGAAUAUUCAUGGAGUUUCAAAUGAUCUGCAGCAAAUCCAGCAGUUCCAUUCAUUCGUUGCGUUCGUAUAUGGAUAUGAGAAGCAACAACAAACCAGCUGAUGAUCUUGCUGUUGAAAGAAAGAUAUGGACUAAUUCAAGUGACAUAUGGGGGAAAGAAUCUUUUCCAAAGUCGAACAAGUCCAUUGGUCAACAGAUGUCCGAACUGAUUCAAUUCCACAAGCUUCACUCUGAUAGCCUGGAUUCUCCUCCUAACAGCCUGACAAUUGGCUUCUUGCAACCAGAUGACACGCAGAAAGUGCAGGAUGAUUUGAAAAGUACGUGGUUUGAGAAACAUUUUGUUAGAACAGCAAACGUGGAAAUGUUAUCAAAAGCUCUGAAACCGUUUUUGGAAAUCUCCAAAACUAUCAAACCUCUUGCUGAUAAAUGGUUUCCGAUCUAUCGAUUGGAUGAUCAGACUUCAGAGAACCAUAAAGAGGUUGCGGAGUUUUUGAGAGAAGUCGAUGACUAUGUUUUCAAUCGAAAAACAUAUGAUCGUCAAAUCGGCUUAAUGGUCGGUGCUUUAUCGAAGUGUUUCAAACAACCAGUCGAUGAGUUCAACACCACCCUUGCUUUGUAUGAGGAACAAACAAAAUCCAGAAAAGUUGCACUAAAGGGAUUGAUCAAGCUUGAUGACACUGUGGACAAAUUUAUAGAAACAAACUUCAUUAACGUGACUUCUCCCUCUGAAUCUGACGCUGUGAAAUGUUUCAAAAUCCUUGGCCACUUAUUACCCGACAAUAUAACCAAUGAAAAUAGUCUUCCGAUAAUAGAAGAAAUGCGAAAGAACUAUACACGUUGUGUUACAAGACAAGGUUAUAGUAUGACGGACCUAAUUAAAAGCUUCGGUGUUGUUCAUGAAGAUAUGGAUUACUAUCUGGAGCUAUCAAUGAAUGUGAGCAAUUCCGAUGGAAACAAAGCACAAACAACCCCCGUUCCUUUGGAAGACGUUAUUAAACAAUCAAAUGUAGUGUCAUCGUUAGAAUGCUUGAGAAACGAAGAAUUCAAGACUGCCAAUUUGGAGAAAUUGAGACCAAUAGCGAAAUUGCUAGCGACUAUGUCUUCACCGCCAAAUGCCACGUUUGUGAAAGCAAUUGAGAGUUAUUUGGAAUCCAUUGCUCAGGUAAAAUCUGCUCUUGCAAAAGUGGAGAAAACGAUUCGAGAAGUCGAUUACCGUCCCAAAAGAGCCGUUGCUUCUGAUGAAACCGAUCUAGUGUUAGCGUUGAACAUUUCAAGACUCGAAAACGAGAAUAUGGGAACCUGUGUGAAGGCGUUGUCGAAUCUUGUUGAAGUUCGGGCUCGCAGAAACCAAUUGCUCAGUGUCGGAAGGCUCGAUGGCGAUGCUCGGGAUCUGAUGUCCAAAGAAGGUGGUCUUGAGGACUUUAUGGAUUCAACGGAUGAUUUAUCAAGGCUUCUGAAGCAAUCCGAUGAUCUGGACAGCAAGGCGAAGACAUUGAGAGAAAAGAGUCUAGAAGAGAUGUCCGCCGUUUUCCAAGCCAUGACUCACAUGCGUGGAAUUUUGGGAGAUAGGGACAAGUUGUGGAAACUAAGCAAAUCCGACUCCGCCAAUGAUCCAAAGUUCGAUGGUGCGAAAAAGAAGUGGAAGGUUCUCACAGCAAUCAAUCUCAACUUCCAAUCGUACAAAGCAAAAGUUGCGAAUGGAGAACUUGUGGUUUCGACGCUAAAAAACCAUUUUGACCAUAUCUUCGGACAUUCGAAGUCAGGAGACCACAAGACGGUGAUCGUUGAAAAGCAUAACAAUUGGAUUCUGAUAAUUGGGAUAUCCUUUGGAAUUUUUUUCUUAUCUGCCGCUGCCGUUCUUGGUAUCUACGGAUUCACAGAAAAAGGCAAAAAGCAUUACAAGAAGAUCUGGUUCUACUAUUUUGCAAAACCGGAAGAGUUUGAAGCCAGAUGGAGAUUCUCAAUGUUUAUGGAUAUGGAGAAUGGAAAACACGCUCUACUGGACGCAGUUCGAGAAACCAAUCACACCAAUAUGCUGAACGCGUUGAAGAGAGGAGUUUAUGUGAAUGCUUAUAACAAGUUUGGGAACACUGCUCUUCACUUAACGGCUCGUGGUGGUCAUUGGAAAAUGGUUGAGCUUCUCAUCAAAUAUGGAGCCGAUCGUUCGCUUCUGAACUACAAAAAUCUGACGGCUGAGCAAUGUAUUCCAGUCCCGAAUGAAAGAACGGCUGGAGGCAAGGAAGUAGACAACACAGUGAGCUUGGAAGACAAGACGGAAGCGUACAAGAAGACUUUGGCUGUCUUCGAGAAGUACAAAAAUAAGAAAUUCCGAAAGGCUGUGCCAGAUGUCUUCCCGUUCACUUCAUUCCACAUUUAUUUCGAUGAAAAUACUGAGGAAGCUUUGGUGCAUCGUUUUUCAGAGAGAUUUGGGUCGAUUACAUCCCACGACGAUAUUUCGAUCGGCAUCACCCACUACGUUGUCAAAACCGAUGAAAAUGGCAUUUUCGAAGCAACUGGAUUGAAGCAGCUCGAGCUGAUUUUCAAUGGCAUCAUUUUGGUCCAAGAUAAAUGGAUGACCGCUUGUCUCGAAGAUGAAACUCAAAUCGAACACGAUACAAAGUACCUCGUCCAGAAGUUCAAAUACAAGGGAGUGAUCUAUGACACUGUGAACCAAUGGUCCACGGCGAUGGCUAAAAGUGAGAUGCCGUUUUUGUGUGGUGCCAAAGUGGCGUUGUUAGUGAAAGAGAUGGAUGAUAUUCUUACUUUUUCUUCUCUUAUCGAUAAUAAUGGAGGAACAAUGUUGCAUGAAUUCCCGCUGAGCGAGAAUUACAACGAAGACUCUCAUCCGUAUCUUCAUUCUAAUCUUGGACCUCUCUUCCUGAUUCAUGAUGGAACGCCUGGUGUGUCCGAUUACAAAAGCAACAAAAUGUACACGUUGUUCACCAAGGAAGAGUUCUACGCGUUCAUGCUCAAAAGAGAAGUUUCGAGGGAUACUCGUAUCAACCCGCCUGAUGUGGUAAAGCAGACCUGA